CAAUGUUGUUUUCCAUCUCUUCUGAAGUAUCUCUGAUCAUGCACCUCUAGUGGUGAUUUAUCUGAAUCUCAUGAAGUCGGUCAGCGUUUACAAACUGCUGGAUUAGACGAACAGAGGCGCACGAGGGUUAUCUGACAUCGUGCAUCAUGUCACGUCCUAGUAAUGCCUCACCCAAACCUGCCAUGGCCAAAUCAAAACACUCUGGUGGUGGGGGGCCCAGGGGCAAAGGGCUGAAAGACAUACGCAUCGACGAAGAAGUUAAGAUUGCUGUGAACAUCUCCCUUGAGAGGUUUCAGUACAGUGAGCAAAAAGAAAUGGAGUUUCCUUCCUCCCUGUCUAGUACUGAGAGAGCCUUCAUCCAUCGCUUUGCACAGUCCCUUGGAUAUAUCUCUAAAAGCAGAGGAAAAGGAUCAAGCCGGACCCUCACUAUCAGAAAGAAGGAUGGCUCGGAGACGGCCCAGUCCAUCAUGACUUUCAACCUUUCCCACAAUUCCAAGCACGCUGUGCGGAGCCUGCUGCAGCGGUUCCCCAUCACCAACAAGGAGCGCACAGACCUACUGCCUCGCACUGAGAGGGGCUUGUCUGUGGCCAUUGAGGCUGAGAGCAGCCGUGACAAGAACCGGACCAGUGGGCGGCUCAACAACGGCAUUCCCCAGGUGCCCCAGAAGAGGGGCCCAUCUGAACUGGACUUCUUCCGUAGCUCACUUCCUGUGUACGAGCGCCAGGAGGAGAUCGUCCAGGUCAUCAAAGACAACCGUGUUGUCCUAGUGGUGGGGGAGACCGGCUCGGGGAAAACUACACAGAUCCCACAGUUCCUCCUGGACGACUGCAGCCGAAAUGGGAUCCCCUGUCGGAUCUUCUGCACACAGCCACGGCGUCUGGCAGCCAUCGCUGUGGCAGAGCGGGUUGCUGCGGAGAGAGGAGAGAGCAUCGGUCAGACCAUUGGCUACCAGAUCCGCCUGGAGAGCAGAGUUUCUCCUAAGACGCUGCUGACCUUCUGCACAAGCGGAGUCCUGCUGAGAACACUGAUGGCCGGAGACACCACAAUGUCCACUGUUACUCACGUCAUUGUGGAUGAGGUUCACGAGCGGGAUGGUCUGAGUGACUUCCUGCUGACCAAGAUGAGGGACAUGCUCCAGACGAUGCCUAAUCUGAAGCUCAUCCUGUCCAGUGCUGCCCUGGACGUGGAGCUGUUCCUCCGCUACUUUGGCUCCUGUCCUGUCAUCCACAUCAAAGGAAGACCAUUUGAGGUGAAGCAACUUUUCCUGGAAGACAUCUUGAGGACAACAGGCUAUUCAAACAAAGACAUGAGGAAAUACAAAAAGGAGAUCCAGAGGGAGGAAAAGCAACAGAUGUCUUUGACAGAGUGGUGUAAGGUGCGUGAGGGUGGCUCCCGCCAGGAGCCCCAGAGGGAGAAGACCACCUCGGCCUCCUGUGUCCUUCAGGAGAACGACCUGCUGGACGAUGGAGGGGACAGUGUUUUCACCCAGCUGAAUGAGAAAGAUGUGGCAUCAUUGGACCCGUGGCUGCUGAAGGAGAUGGAUGCCUGCAUCUCAGACAUCUUCCUCAACCAGGACGCUGACGCCUUCAUCCAGCUCUUCAAUCUCAUCCUGAGUGAGAACGUCAGCGUGGACUUCAUGCACAGUGAAACGAGCGCCACUCCACUCAUGGUGGCAGCAGGUCGAGGCUUCCUCAGUCAGAUUGAGCAGCUUUUGAGUAUGGGAGCCAGCGUCAGAAUCAAGGCCUCCAAUGGCUGGACUGCGCUGGACUGGGCCAAGCACUUCCAGCAGGCAGAAGUGGUGGACCUACUAGAAUCCUACCUCUCAUCCCUGGAGGCGGGGAAGCUGGACGAGUGGUCCCUGGUGCAGGCUGCCACCACAGAAAUGAGUCCGGAGGACCAGGAGCUGCUCAAGGAAUACCACCACAGCUUUGACGAUGAGAGGGUGGACCUGGACCUCAUCAUGCACCUGCUACACAACAUUUGCACCAGCUCAGAAGACGGUGCCGUUUUGAUCUUCCUCCCCGGAUACGAUGAGAUAGUGGGUCUGAGGGACCGUAUCCUGUACGACGAUAAAAGAUUCACAGACCACUCUCAAAGCUACCAGGUCUUUACACUCCACUCCAACAUGCAGACCUCGGAUCAGAAGAAAGUGCUGAGGAACACUCCAGCUGGUAUCCGGAAAAUAAUUCUCUCCACUAACAUCGCAGAGACGAGUAUCACUGUCAACGAUGUCGUAUUUGUCAUUGACGCGGGAAAAGUAAAAGAGAAGUCCUUUGAUGCCCUGAACCAUGUAACCAUGCUGAAGAUGGUGUGGAUCUCCAAGGCCAGCUCUCUUCAGAGGAAGGGCAGAGCUGGACGUUGCCGACCAGGGAUCUGCUUCCACCUCUUCAGUCGUCUCCGCUUUAACAACAUGCUGGAGUACCAGGUGCCCCAGCUACUAAGGAUGCCCCUGCAGGAACUCUGUCUCCACACCAAGCUGUUGGCCCCAAUCACCUGUUCCAUCGCUGAAUUCCUAUCCAAAGCACCCGAACCACCCCCCAUCCUCAUUGUAAAAAACGCAGUGCAGAUGCUCAAGACCAUAGACGCCAUGGACCCGUGGGAGGACCUGACGGAGCUGGGCUACCACCUGGCUGACCUGCCUGUGGAGCCCCACCUGGGAAAGAUGGUGUUAUGUGCCGUGGUGCUCAAGUGCCUAGACCCCAUCUUGACCAUCGCCUGCACGCUGGCCCAUCGCGACCCCUUUGUGCUGCCCUCCCAGGCCUCCCAGAAGAGGGCAUCCAUGCUGUGCCGGAAACGCUUUACUGCAGGGACAUUCAGCGACCAUAUGGCCCUGCUCCGAGCCUUCCAGGCUUGGCAGAAGGCACGCACAGAUGGCUGGGAAAGGUCCUUCUGUGAGAAGAACUUCCUGUCCCAGGCUACCAUGGAGAUCAUCAUAGGGAUGAGGACCCAGCUGCUAGGACAGCUCCGAGCCAUAGGCUUUGUGCGGGCACGGGGCGGCGGGGACAUCCGUGACGUGAACCUGAACUCUGAGAACUGGUCAGUGGUGAAGGCAGCCCUGGUGGCGGGAAUGUACCCCAACCUGAUCCAUGUGGACCGUGAGAGCUGUUCUCUGUCUGGGGCCAAGGAGAAGAGGGUCCGCUUCCACCCCACCUCCAUCCUCAGCCAGCCACAGCCCCACAAGAAGAUCCCCCCAGCCAAUGGUCAGGUGGCAGCCGUCCAGUCCCUGCCCACCGAUUGGUUGAUCUAUGACGAGAUGACGCGAGCCCAUAGGAUAGCCAGCAUCCGCUGCUGCUCUGUGGUCUCCCCCAUAACCAUAGCCAUCUUCGGGGGCUGUGCCAAACUGCCCAGCACAGCCCUACAAGAACCUGCUGUUCAGAAAGAUGAUGUGGUGAAUGAGAGCAGUGACAGUGAGAUUGAGGAUCGCUCCACAGCCAACCUGGCUCAGAUGAAGAUUGAUGAGUGGCUCAACUUCAAACUGGACAAAGAGAUGGUGGGUCUGGUGUUCCAGCUGAGGCAGAAGUGGCACGGUUUAUUCCUGAGGAGGAUCCGCUCUCCCUCCAAGCCCUGGUCCCAGCUGGAUGAGGCCACCAUACGGGCCCUGGUGUCGGUGCUGGGGGCUGAGGAUCAUACUGCAGGGCUGCAGCAGCCCACAGGGAUUGGCCAGAGGCCCCGGCCCAUGUCCUCUGAGGAGCUCCCCCAGACCUCCUCCUGGAGGAACGCCAACAGCAGGAGAACCCUCGGCCCCACAGCCAGCCCUGACAUCCCGGAGCUCCCUGACGAACCCCUCAUUCCCGCCCCCUCACACACAGCGACAGACAGGUCCUCAAGACUCUCCCCUGCCUCGGCCCUCCUGCACCCCAAAGCCCCCCAUGGCAGCAGGGACAGGGGCUCCAGGCGCCCCACAGACGACCACUCCUCCACCCCCAAGUCUCCUGAAUCGGCUUCACUCGGCUUCCCCAGCCCCUGUCCCAGCCCCUCACCCACCUCAUCAGGAAAGUGCUCCAAGUCUCCGUCCCCGAGGCCAGGCGUUGCACCGGUGCGUUACUUCAUCAUGAAGAGCAGCAACCUGAGGAACAUUGACAUCUCCCAGCAGAAAGGCAUCUGGUCCACCACGCCCAGCAACGAGCUCAAACUCAACAGAGCCUUCCUGGAGAGCAGCCUUGUCUUCUUGGUCUUCUCUGUGCAGGGCUCUGGACACUUCCAGGGCUAUGCACGGAUGACAUCGGUCAUUGGACAGGAGCGCUGUCAGGACUGGGGCUCCACAGGGCUGGGGGGGGUCUUCAGUGUGGAGUGGACCAGGAAGGAGAGCCUGCCCUUCCAGUGUACACAACAGCUGCUCAACCCCUGGAACGACAACAAGAAGGUGCAGAUCAGCAGAGACGGACAGGAGUUGGAGCCCCAGGCUGGAGGCCAGCUGCUGCAGCUAUGGGAGAGACUCUCAGGGAAACCACAGCAACAUGAGGUACAACAGGACCAAUUUUUAUCAUCAGAUAACCACAGGUUACACACAACGUGACUCCAGAAAUAGAAUUUGCACAGUGUUUAAGAAAAUCUGACAAAAUAACUGCUCACUCUUGGAUAGUCCCAUUUCUCAUUUUACAAUGCACCAAACUAUGGUUUUAUUUUACUGAGCCUUGACCUGUUCUUUUGCUAUGUCCAUUUGAUUAUUUGUAUUAAAUACCAUUACUAGUUGGCAAUGUGGUCAUUACAUGUAUUUCCUCCCUCUUUAGCCAUGAGAGAUUGCACUGACCUUCAGGACCUCACCACUUGACUUGGUUAUGUGUCAUUAUAACAGAUCGAGGGCUAGUUUUAUUUCCUAAAUGUGUUUUGAACCACCACCACACACAAACGUUUGUCAGUGGUCCACAACCAGUUACCCAAUGUGUUUGUAUUUGGCAAAAAAAAAUAGAUUUGUUACUGAGAUUCAUGUUCUGAAGUUGUUAACCUUUUCAGAUGCUAUAAUGUUAUGUUCAAGAAUAUCUAAGUGUAGAAAGCUGUGUUAACAUGAAGUGACUUCACAAGAAAAGUUAUUUGUUUUUAAUAUUCAUUUCCUGGUGGGUUUUUUAAAGCAAAUUAUAACUUUGAUGACGAGACUGAUAUCUACGCUAAUUCCCAGUGACUACAGUGAAAUGUAAUGAUGAUUGGGACAUUCAGUGAGGAAUUGUGUUUUUUUUUUUUUUUUUUUUUUUUUUUCAAUGCUUCUCACAGCACAUGAGUUGCGUGUAGCGCUCCAUGGCACACAAUGGUUGAAUGUUAUUUGUUAACAUGUUUGACUGUGUGUCACUGCACAAGGUCGCUCAGACUGGAGCAACCAUAAUGUAACCUUGUACUGUAGCUAAGCUGUGCCUGGUGAGACCUUACUAGAGGUCAUGUCUUUCUCUGUCAAUGACCAAAAUGUUUGUUUUUAUUCAUUUCAACGGAUUUAUGAUCUUUUGUAAAUGUAUUUAAAGAAAAAAAGAAUUACUUUUAUCCAGUUUUUGGAUAUAUUUUUUUCUCUGUUCAUUUUAGCCCUGGUUCAGCAAGGGGUUAAAUUUUACGAUUGAUUCGUUUGAGUUUUUUUAUGGUUGUAUUGUUUAAGUAAGAAAUAGAUAUAAAGAAUUUAUCAA